AUGUUUCUCCUAAUUCCUUUGUUGGUGGUUAUCAGCGCCUCCGCGCAGUCACCGCCAUAUUACGACAUUGGCGACGCUGACAACCUGUUCAAAGAAUUUGUCCAGAAACACGGCAAAACAUAUAAUCCCGAAGAAUACUUGACACGUCUUGACAUUUUCAAGCAAAAUCUAAAGCGGAUUAAUGAACGUAACGCGAGAUAUCCACAAAACGAGGUCGGAAUCAACCGUUUCACAGAUUUGAUUAUAGAAGAAAGACGCCAAUAUCUGGGUUUUAAGUGCUUUGAUGCCGCGAGUGAUGGUCGCGCGAUUAGGCUGGAGUACCCUGCUGAGGCGAUCACGGCGCCCGACCAGUUCGACUGGCGCGACCAUGACGCAGCCACGCACGUGAAAGACCAGGGCCAUUGCCAGAGCAGCUGGGUCUUUAGUGCCACUGGAAAUAUUGAAGGGCAGUACGCAAUUAAGCACAAGGAGUUAAUCGCUUUUUCUGAUCAAGAGGGGCUAGACUGCGCUCAAUAUGACAACAGAAAAAGAAAUACUUGUAUGGAUGGAUGGCCCGAUGAUCUUAUGAAACAUUAUCAAUACCACGACGAUGAAAAAGAAUGGUAUUUGUCACCGGAAAGUGAAUAUCCUUACACUGGAAUACCGACAAUAUGUCAAACGAUGAAGGGAAAUAAGACACAUGUUACUGCCGUGACAAGUUUUCAAUUACUUGUACCGAAGGAUGAAGAAACGUUAAAGCAGUUUUUGUACGAAACAGGACCUUUGGCAGUGGGUCUGGAUUCUUCUGAACUAUAUGAAUAUACGAAAGGCAUUUAUAAGCCUGUGGAGUGUAAAGGCGAGGCAGAUCACGCCGUAUUAUUAGUUGGCUAUGGAAUAGAAAACGGCAAGAAAUACUGGACUCUCAAGAACUCGUGGGGGGAAGGGUGGGGGGAAAAGGGGUACUUCCGACUGGUACGGGGCGAGAAGGCCUGCUACAUGGGGUUAUCUUACACCGCCACCUGCACCGUCUCGUAA